UUUAAUAUUAUGGUAAUAUUCUCCUCUCUUUUAUUUCUAUAUUCAUUUAGUUGACCAUGAGAAGUUGCCUCACAUAUAGCCAAAAUUCUAACAUUUUAGUAUACACCAUCAUCUCUUUUCUUUAAAAUGGUUUGGAAAAAAAAAUAUCAUUUCAUACAGUUAAGAAUAUUCUUCUGUUUAUCUUUUGUUUCCUCAAUCUUAUAUAUCUAGUUGAUGAAGAAGUUUUCUCAAGCCUAAAAAAAAAAAAAAAAUAGAAAAAAACUCCUGAGAAAUUGACUCAAACAAACAAUUCAAAGUAUAUCAUUAAUGUAGUAGAAUUUUAUACAUAUAUGUAAGUGCGUCCGAUGGAUUUAUUCCAUUAAGGCACAAAUUCAUUAGAAAGAAACUAUGCAUAACCUUUUUCUCUACUUAGUCGUGUUCUCUCUUGGUCUCGUUUCUUUUAUAACUUGUUUCGCCGCCGAGUUCAAGAGAACAAAGAAAGAAGAUAUUCGAUGGGACAAAGAGAGGAACUGCUAUGUACCAGAGAGCCAUGCGUUUGGGCUCGGAUCAGCUGCUGUUCUUUGCUUUUGUCUUGCUCAGAUCGUUGGAAACAUAGCUGUCUUGCGAAAUCAUCGGACAAGAAGUAAAAGAGAAGAUGGUUACAAGUUUACCGAUCUUAGUUUACCAACUGUUCUUCUGCUCCUUUCCUGGUCCAAUUUUGUGGUAGUGGUUUUGAUUUUGAGUACUGCAAUAAGCAUGAGCCGAGCUCAAGCUUAUAGAGAAGGAUGGCUAGAGGGAGAUUGUUACCUGGUCAAAGACGGUGUGUUUGCAGCUUCAGGCUGCUUAGCCAUCCUUGGACUUGGAGCCUUGACCAUAUCAGCCACUAGGAUCAAAGUAAAGAAACAGCAACAACUUGUGCAAGUCUUAAUCAAAGACCAAAACCAAGAACAAAAAAGACCCAUAGGAGAAGGACAAAACCAUGAUGAGUGCCAAACAAACAAGUCACAAACUGUCAUUUGCUUGGUGGAAGAAGUGUCUUCCACUAAUAUAAGCAGAAUAUAAAAUACAUAAAUAAAGAAGAAAAAAAGGAAACAAAGGAUUUUUUUUGUUAUUAUUUAUAAAGUUGUAUAUAUUAAUUGGUAAUGCACUUAAUAUUUUGGGAAUGUUGGAUGGA